UAUAUAAAUACCAAAUUCAAAUCUAGAAAGAUUGUGCCUUGUUAUUAAGAACUCCAAAUUCAAUUUCUUCAUCGUUAAUCAUCUCUUACAUUUCUUUCCCACUAAGAUUCGCAGCAGAUUUUUCUUGCACAAAUUGGAAACUUCAUUUUCUGAGUUUCUCAUAAUCAACGGAUUUGAUGGAGGCGAAGAUUGGCAAAUUGUUCGAGUCCGUUUGUUCCUUCUUCGGCGGUGGCGACCAGAUCCCUUGGUGUGAUCGUGAUGUUAUCGCCGGGUGUGAAAGAGAGGUUGCAGAGGCCAAUGAAAGUGCCUCAGAAGAACGCAAGAAUGAAAGUAUUAUGAGGUUAUCAUGGGCGCUAGUUCACUCAAGGCAAUCUGAGGAUAUUAAUCGUGGCAUAGCAAUGCUUGAAGCUUCCUUAACCAAUUCUAAGACCCCUUUGCAACAAAGGGAGAAACUUUAUUUGCUGGCUGUUGGAUAUUACAGAAGUGGUGAAUAUGCAAGGAGUCGGCAGCUUGUAGAACAAUGUUUAGAGAUUGCACCUGAUUGGAGGCAAGCCUUAACACUUAAAAAGACUGUAGAAGAUCAAAUUGCAAAAGAUGGAGUCAUCGGUAUCGGCAUUACAGCUACAGCAGUGGGACUUAUAGCUGCCGGGAUCGCAGCAGCAGCAAGUCGUCGAAAUUGAAACAUCCAUUCAUUCACACAAAAAUAUAUGCACAAGUCAAGUGGCUAUCCUCAGGAAUGGCUGUCUGAUGUUUACAGUUUGCCCAUGAGAAGAAUCUCUAACAAAAUCAAAAUAUUGAAAGCAAAUACCUCAUAUAGUUCUGCAUUAUAAGCAUUUCUAAUUUUAACAAUAGAAAUCUUAUAUUUUCUUUUGUUCAUUUAUUUUUCUUUUGUAUGAGGAAUAAUUCUGUUUGUAUGCUUAUGUUUCCCCUAUGUUACCUUCUAAUAUUCUUGUGCACUUUCUCAAUAUAAAAAAACAUAAGCUUGAUGUUGAAAA